CUAAUGAGGCACAAAACCAAACUGGAGAGGGACCCCUCACAAGAUCUUGAAGUCAACAACAAAUCCAAUAUCUUUCACCCCCGGCAAUAAGACAUGAUAUACCACAAGAUCAAAGUCAAUGGGUGCGAAUUGAGCUAGAGCCAUUAAAUGAAGUCUAACAAGCCCCAAAUUUGGCUAUCUUCGCACCGUCAACACAAUCCGUUUCUCAGGCACUUGUUCAACUCACGAAGAUGUAUUCAGACAACCAAAAGUAUAGUGGAAAUGAGGAUUCCUACAGGUCAAAGCUUCGAAUCUUCAACGACUACUGUGAACGUCUAUCCCUACCAAAGAAUGCGUAUAAACUUGUUUUCCCAACAAUGCUCAAAGGCCAAGCCUUGGAUUUUUACUAUGACAACAAGGAAAUAUGGGAAGCAAGUGACCGUGAUCCCGUUGAAGGAAUUCGUGCCUAUUUCGAAGGCCCAGAAUAUCAUCGAACCGUACUGGAUAAGUGGAGCGGAAUUUCGCUUCAAAAUACAGUCGAUGAGAACCCAGAGAAGACAUUAAAAGCAACUCGUACACAUCCAGCAUGCCAACUUGCAACUUUAAAGCAACAAGAUAUAGUUCCUGGACUAACCCGCGAUUUACAAUCAGGUGUCAGCCAGUACAAAGACAUGAUAAAAGCCACGAAUGGGCACCGCACUGCAAACCCCAGCACCAACACAUACUUUACAGAUCGACGGUAUUAUAAUCAACAGUCACGCUCACCCUCUCAAGGCCAUUCACCACGACAGCACUCCAAUCAAAGAGGCAGGAAAAAGUGCUUCCGUAUCAAUCAAUAUAUUGCUGAUUACGAGGGCACAGGGGAUGACAACAAUGAGGAACUGCCAGAGGAACUCUUAUUAGCUGCCGAUGACCUUAUUUUGACAGAUAAUUAUGAAUCUGGACCUACACACGAUGCCUUGUCAACCCUGUUUACAGCCACAUUCUUUAUAAUGCACAAAGACAAUAACACGAACCAUGGUCUAUCAAUAACCAUGGAACUAGCAAACCGUUCUGCUUCGCACUGGAUUGCCUCACUAUUCCUGAAGCCUGACUUGGAAACUGAUUCGUACAAAACCAACGAAGUAACUCUUAAGGUUCUGACCCCCAAGUCAAGUCACGUCUAUCUAAAUGAGGGCCGCUAUUCGUCAGAAAGCUUUAAGGGUAUUAUUAUCAACACUGGCGCCGUGCAACUCUCUACAGCCGGAUAUGGGCAAUACCUUGCUUACAAGAGAAUUGUCAGAAAUAUCGAUAUUAAUACUACAACGGCUGGCACGGCAACAGUUCAAUUUGGACCUAGCGAUCCCUAUCAGUCAAUAGGGUCAAUUGACGUGCCUACACCUAUUAGUACUAUAUGGUUCUAUAUCCUGAUAACCACGACACCAUUCCUAAUGUUGCUGUACGAACUCGACAGACUAAAACUCUAUUUUAAUAAUACCUGCAAUCUCCUUGUCAAUAAGAAAAUGGGAAAAACAACACCAGUCAUUCGUCAGUUUGGCCAUCCAUUCCUUGUAUGGGACUACUCCUACCAUACCCACUUACUUACCUCAUUUGACUACAACCCCUGCCUUCUUACCAAUACCGAAUUAUGCCGUCUACACCGCCGAUUUGGCCACCCUUCAACUAAUAGACUUCGCCGUGUACUUACACGUGCGGGCCACGAAACCAACAAGGAAGCAAUUGAGUAUAUUCGCAAAUUCUGCUACCAUUGUCAAAUAUACGACAAGUCACCUGGACGAUUCCGGUUUACACUGCAUGAAGAUGUUGACUUCAAUCACUCUAUCAUUAUUGAUAUUAUGUACCUUGAUGGAGAUCCUGUACUUCACAUUGUCGACAAAGCAACACACUUCAAUGCCGCUGCAUAG